AUGGUCGCAGGCCCAGAUUACACGAUCUACUUUUGCAGUAGUCGGUGCCCUGGAAGGUGGCAUGAUUGAAGGGUCCUAAGAGAAAGCACUCUUUGGGCCUGCUUUUGAGGAACGGGGGCGUAGACCAUUCCGGGGAGCCGUCAUUUUAGGCGACUCCGCUUACCCCUGCAACAACUGGUUGAUCCCCCCUUUCAGACGAGCCGUAGAGGGGUCUCGGUUUCGUUUUAGUGAGGCCCACAUAAAAACACGAAUUAUCUAGAUCUAAUGGGUCAUCAAGAAAAGGUUCUACACUUUACACACCGGAAUAAAAGUAAGAAGCGUGACCACAGCAGCCGAGCUUGUCAUGUGUGCCGUUAUACUGCACAACCUUUGUGUUCGAUUUAGCGAUAACGGCGAAGAUCUACAAGACGGAGCAGAUGUUAACAUCGUUGAUGAUAAUUUUGUGAUCGAACCGGGAAGAGUACAAGACGACAGAUGGCAGCAGCUGCUUAUGCACUUUCUGUGA